AUGUCUUUAUCCCCAAAUAGCAACGCGCUUGCUCUUAAACGCAAGCUGCAGCAGCAGGCUGACACUCGCCACGAGCCAACGUCUAAACGUCAUAGCAUAUCAGGAUACGAUCCACAGGCCCCAUGGCUCUUCGAGUCAGGUAGGCCGCUCAACGGCUGGCGCACGCUGGGUGAUCCCGCAGUCCAUAACUCGUUGCCACUUGCCAAUAUGGUUUCUGCGGUGCAGGAUCUGAUCGACCCGGACUUUGAUCCAUUGACAGCCAUCUUGGACGAAGAGCCCCGGUUUCUUAAGCCGUUGCCGAAUCGUAUCGCACGGGAAGAUCUAGAGUUUUUGCGCUUUCGCGGCGCGCUGACGAUACCAGAGAGCGGGUUGCGCAAUGAGUUGUUGCGGUCAUAUAUCCAGUGGGUGCACAGUUUUAUGCCCGUCCUCAAUUUGCAAGAACUCUUGAGAUGUGUCGCAGAGAACGACCCCGAUGGGAACAUCAGUGUCCUGCUCUUUCAAGCUGUAAUGUUUGUUGGCACGGCUUUCGUCGACAUCAAGCACCUACAGGCUGCAGGGUAUUCGACGAGAAAAGAUGCACGUAAUGCAUUCUUUACCCGGUUACGACUUCUUUACUCUCUUGACUGCGAAGAAGAUCGUAUCGUAAUUCUGCAAACAGUGCUACUGAUGACAUAUUGGUCGGACCCCGAGAAUAGCCUACAGCGAGAUAUCUGGGACUGGAUUGGAGUGUGUAACACACAGGCGCAUUCUAUUGGAUUAAACAAAGAUCCAUCCACUGCUGAGAUCGACCCCAGGCUCAAACGGCUGCGCACUCGACUGUGGUGGUGUCUUUACUCCCGGGAUAGAUUGAUUGCCAUGGGCAUGCGACGACCACUGCAAGUGAAUGAGGGAACAAGCAAUGUCCCUAUGUUAAGACCCGAGGACUUUGAUUUUGAACCUUUCUCCAAAUCUGCGGUUGGCCUGUUCCACUGUCGACAACUAGAAGACGUGUCACACCAAAGGCGUCUGGCCACUAUGUUUAUUGAAAAGGUCAAGCUUUGCCAGUGCAUUGGAAGAGUAAUCUUUGCGCAAUAUGCGCCAUCACAACGACAAUUUGGAGCGACAGACAGAACGACAGUCACACUGAUUCCCCGGCAGGCAUCAGAAUCUGAGUUUACUAGAUGCAGUCAGAAACUAGAUUCAUGGCUUACUGGCCUGCCGAAAGAUGCACAGUUCAUUCCAGCAUCCAGGAACAAUUUUCGAGAUGGCGAGGAUGUGCUACUCCUACAUGGUGCUAUGCUUCGUAUGCUCUAUCAUGCGACCAGCAGUGCGCUCCACAGGCCCUGGGCCGCCCAUUCUAAAGACCAGACAAAAUCCCGCACUGAGUGGCGCAAUGCAGCCCGCACAAAGAUGCAUGAAGCUGCUACUGGCAUUACUCAUAUUGUUCAAGGCCUCAAUCAGCUCAAUCUCACACGGUUCCUACCACAGUCAGGCGUGACAGUAAUUCUACCAGCGGCAGUGGCACAUCUUUCCAACUCCGUGUCUGACAACCCCGCCAUCCGCGAGAGCAGCAUACACAAUUUCCAACGAUGCAUUCAUGUUCUACAUUCUCUAAAGGAUAUGUACCCAGCUGCCAACGUAGAGUUUGCCAAUCUCGAAGCCGCAAUCAAGCUACAAUCGGGCAAUUACACCAGCAACACAUUUUUCCAGAUCAUGCAAAACAAUUUCGACACCCCACCCACCCCUCUCGACCUAACCAGGAAACAAAGCACCACAGACUCAGUAUCAACACCCCAUACCUUCCACCAAGAGAGCAACAAAUCAGAUAUUCAAACCCCAGCAUCCCACAGAACACCAACCAUUUACGAAGAGAACCAAACUCAACGAAACCAGAGCAUUCCUACGCCCCGCGAACAAUCUCAAACACCCCAUCAAACCCGCCGCCCAUUUCCAAACGACUUUGACGACCAUUUCGCGGCUGUCACAGCCCCUGACGAUGACAAUCCCUACAAUUACCUCGCCGUCGACUUCAACUUUUCCGAUUUAGCAGAUCCCACAUCAACACGCAACACACAACCAAUGGAGAUCUCACCUCCGGCAGAAGAUCUUGAUGAUCUGGACUGGACAAAGGCUCUAUUCCAGGGGACAUCGUUAUCAGAACUCGAUAAGUCGGGAUCUUUUGAUCAACAGCGUCGUGCUCAGCAAAAUACAUCACAGCGUCAUGAGCAGGAGCAGGAGCAGGAACAGGAGCAGGAUAUCUUUUCAUUUGCGCUUAAGGAUAAUGAUUAUGAUGAUGGAUCGAGGCAUCGGUCUGGGCAUGCACAUAUAACGGGUGAUUUGGAUCGCGACUUAGGAUUUCAGACUGGGGACGAGAUGUUUUGA